UUCUUCAAUACAUUCAUAAAAUCAAAAUCAAAAGAGAGGAAAAAUCCAAUUGUUGAUUGUUCGAAAUUUCGACUAAUGGGUUCGAUUCGGACUCUUCGAUUGGUUUGUUUAUUGUUCUUUUUCGCAUUGGCCGCCGGAGCCAACGGUCAGGUUAGAGUAUUCAAUGUGAAGGAUUUUGGUGCAAUUUCGGACGGUAAAACGGAUACUAGUAGGGCUUUGUUGGGUGCAUGGAAGGCAGCGUGUGGAUGGAAUGGAAACAGUAGGAUUUUGAUUCCAGGUGGGACAUUCCUGGUGGGCCCAGUGGUAUUGAGAGGGCCAUGCAAGGGAUCCAUGGUGCUUCAAGUCACAGGAGUAUUGAAGGCUCCAUCUGAUCUCAGCCAGUUUCAAUCGGACGGUUGGAUUGAAUUCCAACACGUCAAAGGAUUGUUGAUCACAGGAGGUGGAAAAUUCGACGGUCAAGGAGCGUCGGCAUGGCCACACAACCAGUGCCCCAUGAAGGCAAACUGCAAGAUUCUACCCACAUCUAUCCGGCUCAACUUCGUCACUGAUGGAACGAUCCGCGGCAUAUCGUCCGUCAAUAGCAAGUUCUUCCACAUUCACAUUUUUGGGUCCAAGAACAUCAACCUCCAUUCCCUUAAAAUCUCAGCACCAAAAGAUAGCCCGAACACGGACGGCAUCCACAUAGGAAGUUCGAGUGGGGUCAAGAUAUCUCGCUCUGUUAUAGGCACUGGCGACGAUUGCAUCUCAAUUGGAGCUGGAAGUUCCAAUAUCUUCAUCUCAGACGUUCGUUGCGGACCGGGCCAUGGCAUCAGUGUAGGCAGCCUCGGCAAGUAUUCCAAUGAGGGAGAUGUGGUGGGCCUAACAGUAAGAAAUUGCACCCUCACAGGCACCACCAAUGGCGUAAGGAUCAAAACAUGGGCUGGAUCAAAACCUAGCUUGGCGUCAAAUUUCCUGUUCCAAGAUAUAGCCAUGAACAAUGUCUACAAUCCAAUCAUCAUCGAUCAGAAAUACUGCCCACUUCCUUCUUGCAAUCAAGAGUCUCCAUCCCAUGUCAAGAUCAACAAUGUCAAGUUCAUCAACAUUAAGGGCACAUCAGCAUCUAAGGUCGCAGUCAAUCUCUUGUGCAGCAAAUACCAGCCAUGCCAGAACGUCGAGCUCAACAACAUCGACUUGGAGUACAAAGGACAUGGUGGGGCCACCACAGCCUCUUGUUCCAAUGUGAAGGGCCAAUCUUCAGGCCAUUUGGUCCCUCCCUCUUGCCUAUAA